UGCUCUUUAACUGAUGAAGGUGUAUUUCCUCCUUUGCCAUUGUGCCUCCGCGACACCGGUCGGUCUCGAAAAACAGCAGGAGUAGAGUUUGCAAAACAGUUAGACGACAAGGUGCCGCCUUGCGUGAAGGAUUGAGAGCUCACAGCGUGGAUUCACAGCACGGGGGAAAAGAAUAUGUGCGUCCCUGGAGAGGAAGAUUGCCGGCAUUUGUAUCCCUCACCGCAGGGGUGUGUGUAGACCGCAUGGAGGCAGAGAGUCGUCAUGGCCCCACUGAUGGACCACCCGGCGCCCGCGGGGGGGGAGCCGCUUUCGGCUGCCGGAGAGCUGGAGAUGCCGUUCUCGGACACGGUCAAGUACGUCCUCCUGGCCGUCUCCGUCGCCCUGCUUGUGCUGGCCCUGGGCAUCUUGGCCUGGCAGGCCUUCAGGUGCUGCACCCAGACACACGCGGCGUACACCCGGCAGGGCGCAGUGGUCCGUGAGCUGCUGUACUCGGGUGACACGUCAACGACAGCGGGGAAAUAUUCCGGAGCUCCCAGCACUAAGAUGCGCAGGCUGAGUCGUUGCCUCCCUCAGGCCCAGUCUCCCUCCUCAGGAUCCUGCCGGGCAGAGGGAGACGAGGAGGGGGAGCAGUUCAACGAUGAAACGGUGGACGGGUCGCUGCGUUUCUCUGUCCACUUUGACCAGCCGCUGUCCCGUCUGGUGGUCCACGUCUUGCGGUUGGAGGGGCUUCCUAAGCACAGCCAGACCUGCCGCCUCCAGCUAUUUGUGAAGCUACAACUCAUGUGGGCAGGAUCGGCGGCAGUGGAAUUGGUGGGCCGCAGGGAUGAGGAGGGUGAGUGGACGCCGCCUGCCCUGUGGACCGCGUUGCAGGAGUGGCAGACCCGCGUUGUGAAAGGCAGCUGUAACACUUUGUUCGGAGACCAGUUCAGCUGCAUUCUGCAGGAGGAUGCAGCCGCGCUUCAACGUGUCCACCUCAGGAUAGAGGUGUGCGACUUUGAUAAGUUCUCCAGACACACGGUGUUGGGAGAGGUGAGGGUUCCUCUCGGGCAGCUCAACAUCUCCCGCCCUCUGGAGCUACACAGGGAUCUACAGAGGCCGCAGAAGGAUCUUGUAGGAGAGGUGCUGCUGUCAUUGAAGUUUCUUCCCACUGCUCAGAGGCUUGAGGUUGGUCUGUUGAAGGUCAGAACAGUCCCCACGGAGAUAUGCUCGGAUGCCGCGCUGUACGUGAAGAUCAGCGUCCAGUGCAAUCAGUACAAGCUGAGGUACCAGAGGACCUCUGUAGUGGCCCGGUGCCUGGUGACCAUCUUCAACGAGGUGCUCAUGUUCUCCCUACCAGAGUUCCCCAUGGAGCGGUGUAAGAUUUUAGUCUCUGUGUACCAGACACGCACAACCUGGAAAUCACCCAAACAACUCGUGGGACAGUUGACCGUGGGGAAGGAGAGGAUUGCCGAAGACGAGCACUGGAACUUGAUGAUGCGCUCAGUCCGCCAGCCCGUAGCAAAGUGGCAUGGCCUGCUGCUCUGAGCUGCAGACCAUGAACCUCUCCUGCACUUCUUGGAGGUCUCCACCUGCUUGCAUUAAACUUUGGGCUGUGAAGAUUGUGAUUCAGGCCAUUGAGGGAUCUGCGCCUGUUCCACUGAGAGUCAAACAUGGGGUGCGGUUAAAAUGUCCUUCCUCUCCACUAUUCCUUGACCUCAGUUUAAAAUGUCAUGAGGUCAAGGGAAGGUGUAAAGGAGAACUGAUAAGACUUAGGAAAAGCUGACAGCAAGGAAAGGAAGGAUUGAAGCUCCUUUCCUAUGCAUUUAGAGAAGCCGAACAGUCUGCCACAAUCCACUCCACAUUAUUGAAAUCUUUACAUUGCAGCUCUGGAUGUUAAGUAAAGUUCAGCAAUGCCAAACAGUUUAUUCAAAGUGGGGGUUGAAGUGGAGAAUGGCCAGGUAUUUACCCAUAAAGCAUCUUGAAAAGGAAGUCAAUUUCAAAAUAAAACCUUACCAAGGACCAGUGGCCUUACUGUGAAAAACACAAUAUAACAUAAUCCCUAUGUUUCUAGUGAACAAUGUACAGUAUAAUGUGUGUUGUCUGAAUUUAAAAUGAUGUUUUAUUUUAUUAUCUUGAUGUUGACUUUUAAGGUGCUUUAUGAAAAAAUGUAUUGUUAAUAGUCAUUUAGAAGUUUAUUUAAUCUUGGUUGAUCGCAGACAACCUGGUCAGGUGGCUCUGCGUUACAGUGGUUAGUGCUAGGGUCUUCCCGUGUCUGCAUGGGUUUUUUCAGGGUACUUCCUCCAAAAACAUGCAGAGGUUCUAGCCGUAUACUGUAGAUAAUGGAUGGAUGGACACUCACACAGAUAUACUCAUUAAUAAUGUAUGUUAAAGUUGAAAGGUGUUUUUUGCUUCACAGAAUGUUUCAUCAUAAUUUCCUGCACGUCAGACCUUCGCUCUCGUCUGUUGGUGUAUGUUUGUGAAAGCAGAAAAACAGAGGACAGUUGUUGUGGACUCGCGUAAAAAUAAGAUAAUGACAUUGUUUUUCAACUUUGAGAAACCAAUAACUGAAAUUUAGGACCGGAACUAAAAAUAAUCUCAAUCAUUGUUGGGAAAAAAUUGUUUGUACUGUACUUGUGUUAUUUUCCCAAUGUUGAUUUUUUUUUAAUAACAAUGCCUUAUAUCGAAAACAAGAAAACUGUUUUGAUAAUAAUUGAAUAAUGACGCCAGAAAGAAAUGGAGAAAGCUGGAUGAGCAACUUCAAUGCAAAAGCAAAAGGAUUGUUUGGUUCAUGUGAAUACACUAGAGGUCAUUAUAGGACUAAAUACUCUUGUGUCUGGGUGUUCAACUUAACAAUAAACUGGACUGGUCUCACAACACA